UAUAAGCAGCGCCUCUGCGCAAUGCAAGGAAUGAAGCCGAGUUGCCCCGUCGAGAGGCUGACGGCGCUUGCGCAUCGCCAGUGCAUCGGGGUAGUCGGGUGGGAGCGCGCGCGCGUGCUGGGGUAAUUUUGGCGCCAGGGUGCAAAGCGGGAGCGGUUGGAAGAAAUUUUAUAAGCUGCUGGGGACUCGACCCGGACUAAAGGAUGGCGAUUAGAUUGUCGGAGGGAGCCAUAUCGUCAAUAGUUCAAGGAGGAACUCCUUCACAACCGCUUUUACAAGUUAUUAGUAUCCGACGCAUUACAAAUGGGCCCCCGAGGUAUCGUGUGCUAAUGAGUGAUGGAAUCAAUACGCUGUCUUCUUUCCUGCUUGCAACUCAGCUGAACUACAUGGGUGAUGAGGGCCUCAUUGCAGUAAACUGUGUCUGCCAGAUCAACCGGUUCAUCUGUAAUACGAUGAAGGAUGGAAGACGUGCAGUGGUGAUUGUUGACUUGAAAGUUGUCAAAACAGCCGAUCAGGUGAAUGGGAAAAUUGGUAAUCCGGUACCAAUCAACGAAGGUCAGACACCGCAGCCAGCUGCUCUUGCCAACCAGCCAGCAGUUAAACCACUGCAAAAUAGCUAUGCAUCUGAUGCUGCUUCAGUUCACAGUACUCUAGUAAAAAAUGAGAACAGGAUACCAAGCAAACCUGGUGGUAUCAGAGGACUACCCAGCAGCACUGGAGGGUCACAGAUCAAAGUGGUACCCAUUGCCUGCCUUAACCCCUACCAGUCCAAGUGGACAAUCCGGGCUCGUGUUACCAAUAAGAGUCAGAUUAGAACGUGGAGCAACUCCCGUGGAGAGGGAAAGCUGUUUUCCAUUGAGCUGCUAGAUGAGAGUGGUGAAAUUAGAGCCACAAUUUUCACAGACCAGGUGGAUAAGUACUUCCCGCUUAUUGAAGUGAAUAAGGUAUAUUUUGUGUCAAAAGGAACAUUGAAGACUGCCAAUAAACAGUAUACUUCUGUGAAGAAUGAUUAUGAGAUGACUUUUAAUAAUGACACCACCGUGAUCCCCUGUGAUGAUGUAGAUGACUUGCCUACAGUCCAAUUUGAGUUUGUAUCAAUAGAUCAACUAGAAAACAAGAACAAAGAUACAAUGCUAGAUGUUAUUGGAGUCUGCAAGUCAUUUGAAGAUGUCACUAAGAUAACAGUGAGGUCAAACAAUCGAGAGGUAUCCAAGAGAAAUGUUUAUCUGUUGGAUAUCAGUGGAAAGAUUGUCAGUACAACACUCUGGGGUGAAGACGCUGAGAAGUUCGAUGGAUCACAGCAGCCAGUGGUGGCUAUUAAAGGAGCCCGGCUUUCAGAUUUUGGUGGACGAUCCCUGUCUGUUUUGUCAUCCAGUACCGUAAUGAUUAACCCUGACAUUCCAGAGGCUUUUAAACUGAGGGCGUGGUUUGAUACGGAGGGCCAAGCGUUAGAAGGGACAUCCAUUUCAGAUGUGAAGAGUGGUUCCUUUGCUGGGGGAAGCACAAACUGGAAGAUGCUGCUUGAGGUUAAAAAUGAGAAUUUGGGCCAUGGAGAUAAGGCUGACUAUUACACCACUGUCGGUACAGUUGUGUACCUGAAGAAGGAAAACUGCAUGUACCAGGCAUGCCCCACUACAGAGUGCAACAAGAAGGUUGUUGAUCAACAGAAUGGCCUUUAUAGGUGUGAGAAGUGUGAUCGCGAGUUUACCAACUUCAAAUAUCGUAUGAUCUUAUCAGUAAAUCUAGCAGACUUUGGAGAAAACCAGUGGGUGACGUGUUUCCAGGAGACUGCAGAGGCAAUUCUUGGUCAGAAUGCUACUUAUCUUGGAGAGCUGAAGGACUCGAACGAGCAAGCCUUUGAGGAAAUUUUCCAGAAUGCAAAUUUCCGGUCAUACAUCUGCAGGAUCCGUGUAAAACUCGAAACAUACAAUGAUGAAUCUCGCAUCAAAGCGACAAUGAUGGAUGUGAAACCAGUGGACCAUAAGGAGUACAGCAAGAGACUGAUAAUGAAUAUUAGGAAACAUGCAGCUACACAAGCUUACUGAAUGCUGAGUAGAUGUGAAGAAUGAGCACUGCACAACUGGAGGAAGCUGGGUGCUUUAGAUCUUCAAUUAAAAACACUUUGUAUUAUGCUUUGAAAGCUUAAGACUUUUUUUAAACUUAGAAUCAGUUCCAGAAUUCUGCAUUUCCAUGGAUGCUAUAGAAGUGCCACCCCGUGAGAACUAGAGAUGUUGAAUUCUGAUCAACAUGUGUUGGAUGAUGAGACAGAAUAUUUGUAUGUCGAUGUAGGCUUUCCUACCAAGGUAUGGUUUACCUAUGUGAAGUAACAUUGUAAAUCACUGGGCGGACUGCAAAACCAUUUUUCCUUUUUUUUCCCCCCUUCAUACUUGCACAACUUAUUUCAGUGCUUCAUUCUAAUAAACACUGACAAAUAGCU